GAUGCUCGAACAUUGCUUUCUGUUGACUGCUCUGCCAAUCUAAAAUCAAAAUGGACAUGCAGUCCAUGUCAAGCGGGGCACCAAUGCCUACCCCCAGUGCUGCUGCUAACAUGUCCGGAAUGCAAAUGGGCAGCAGUAUGGGUGGAAUGCACAUGGGUGGAAUGGGCAAUGGCUGCAAGAUUUCUAUGCUUUGGAACUGGACUGUAUUGAAUGCCUGUUUCGUUUCAUCCCAUUGGAGAAUUACCUCCACGGCCAUGUUUGUAGGAUCAUGCAUUGGUGUCAUUCUUCUUGUCAUGCUCCUACAAUUCCUCCGGCGUGCUAGCUAUGAAUUUGAUAGAUACGUUGCUGGGAAAAGCAACUUCUAUACCGGACGAUUGCAACGAGUAAUCACAAGCCCAAAGCAAACUGCCCCUGGCCUCGAAUCUCCGACCGAGACCUCAGCCAACGCAAUAAAGCGUCCUUUGUCGCGGUCCCUACUUCAACAUACUGCCAAGUCUAUGUUGUUCACGAUGCAAUUCGGACUUGCAUAUUUCAUCAUGCUCCUCGCAAUGUAUUACAAUGGGUUUAUUUACAUUUCUAUCCUGAUUGGGGCUUUCCUCGGCUCAUUUGUGUUUACAUGGAACACGGAUGCAGAAAAUGACGCUUCCAAGGUGACUGGAAACCUCUGCUAUGUCGAUCCUCAGUUAGCCAUUGAUGUGGCCGGCGUUUUAGGGACACUGGGUAGACUCCAUAAGAUGAUUAUUAUGAAGAAAGAUACUGUGAUCUUAGGGCUAUCAGCCCGUAGGUGAUAACAGGUUUGAUCUGCUGUAACCUCACAGAAACUGGGCAGCAGAUGAAACACGAUCAUAAGUAUAUAUCUAAUUGAAGGGCUGUGAAUCGGUUAGUGAAGUGCAGGAUGUGCUGGCAACGGUUGAAUGGGUUCCGAAAUCUAAUACACUCACCACUCUCAGGUCUUUGUUUUCAUUACAGUAAGGAUUAAGAUAGAAGAUUAGAUUAGACAGUUAGAUCAUUAGUAAAACCACUGAUCAACAAAAGGUACAGAGGAGUUGACAUCUCAUGACUCAAUAGU